GGAGUAGUAUGUGAUCUGCGAAAAGAAGGAGACCAAGUGCGUCGUUCGUAAAUUUAGGAAGUGUGUACAAGCACCUCAGAAUCGAAUUAGAUUUUACAAGGAUUUAUUCGCUUUUGCGCGUAAUCCUUCUCUAAAUCUCAACAAGCUGAGACAACCCAACAUACCUGUGGUGGUGACUGUGCGAGAGCGGUAGAGACUACAACGGUGUUGUGUGUUUUUUGUACAACCACAAACCUAGGAUACUGUAAGUUACGAGUUUAGAUGAAAUGACUGCAGCCUGCCGUGAACCCAGGACGUGCUGUGGGCGUCUCCACACUGACACCGAGGACCAGCGCUCCACGCGUCUACGCUAGGCUCUCCGCUAGGCUCGUCUGCCCUCUCGCCCGCAUCGUCGCUCCGCCAUCUGCCCCUCCGCUGCCACCUGCCUCUGCCACCCUCUGGCCAGGAUGGCCCAGUCGGCCCGGUCGGCCUCCCUUUGGGCUGUUCUCACGCUGCUGUUUGUGCUCGGAUGGUGUCAGGCCAGUGCCAUCCCAAGGGUGUCCUUUCCUCUUGGUAGCCCUGGCAGGUCAUUAACCCAGUUUGCCAGUCCUGAGGUUGGCAACACCACCACGCUGUUGCUAAGCAGCGACGAGGACACGCUAUUUGUGGGUGCGCGCGAUGCCAUCGUCUCAUUGGACGUCAGUGAGCCCAAGGCUGUGGCGUUGAAGAACAAGUUGGACUGGUCGCCAACAGAGAAAGACUUAAAUGACUGUGCAAUGAAAGGCAAGAAAAAGGCCGACUGCCCCAACUUCAUCCGUGUCCUCCAGGUCCUAAACUCCACCCACAUGUACGCCUGUGGAACCUUUGCCUUCAGCCCACGCUGCACCUACAUUAGCACGGAGACCUUCUCAUUGGUGCUUGGCCCUACUGGUAAACCUGAGGAAGGCAGAGGUCGCUGCCCUUAUGACCCUUACCAGAAAAACACUGCCAUCACCGUGGAUGGAGAACUCUACACAGGCACAGUAGCAGACUACCGGGGCAAUCGGCCGGUCAUCUCCCGGCACCUGAGCGAGGGCAGCCAUGUUGACCUGAAACUGGACGACACUCUUGGCUGGCUGGAGGACCCCACGUUCAUCAGCUCCAGCUACGUGCCCACUGAGGAGAAGGUGUAUUUCUUCUUCAGCGAGGUGGGACGAGAGUACGACUUCAUCGACAAGCUCACAGUGUCCCGCGUCGCACAAGUUUGCACGAGUGACGUGGGUGGGCAGCGGACCCUGCAGCGGCGCUGGACCACCUUUGCCAAAGCGCAGCUCCUGUGCCAGUCACAGGGAGAGCUGCCCUACAACGUGCUGGAGGACAUGUUCACCCUCCAGCCACAAGAGGGCGCUCCUGACGAGGACACGCUCUUCUACGGCAUCUUCAGUUCACAGUGGUCUGUUAACUCUGGCCGCUCAGCUGUGUGUGUGUUCAGCCUCGACGACAUCAAGGCCGUGUUUGCGGGGAACUACAAGGUCUUGAACCGCGACACCCUGAAGUGGAGCACGCGUGUGCAGGAGAAAGUGGCCAACCCUGGCUCAUGUGGCCUGCACAACGCCUCAGACAACACGUUGCGCUUCGUCAAGGAGAACUUCCUGACCGACGAGAGCGUCCAGCCCAGCGGCCAGAGGCUCAGCAUGGUGUCGCCCGACUAUCGCUAUAGCAACCUCGCCGUGCAGAGAGUGCGCGGUGCGAAGGGCAAGAACUACACCGUGCUUUUCCUGCUCACAGAGUCGGGCUACCUGCACAAGACGGUUCUGCUGGAGAGCGGACCUCACAUCAUAGAGGAGGUGCAGGUGUUCCGCCAGCCCCAGCCAGUCAAGAGCCUCCUGCUGUCCGUAUCCAAGGCUGCCUUGUUUGUGGGGUCGUCCGAGGGAGUGACGGAGGUCCCCGUGGCCAACUGCUCCUUCUACUGGAGUUGUGCGGAGUGUGUGCUUGCCCGAGACCCCUUCUGUGGCUGGGACCCUUCUCAGCGUGUCUGCGCGGACAUCGCAAGCAUCCCGACGAACGCGGCCCAGGAUGUGGAGAAAGGCAACGUGCAUGAGAAGUGCAAAGCCGCAUCUCUUAACCCCCGGUCCGGCCUCGCACCUCUUCGACCCCCCACAGGCGAGCUGGUGCCGGUGUCCCUGAACGAGGUGGUGCGUCUGCAGUGCCCCGAGGCCUCGCGGCUGGCCCGCCGCCACUGGGAGCGGCCCAACAGCCGCCUGUCGCCGGAGCUCUACCUGCAGCAGGACGACGGCAGCCUCCGCUUCCUGGCCACGCCCAUCACGCUCGGCCACUACCUGUGCCUGUCGGUGGAGAACGGCUUCCAGCAGGUGCUGGCCGUCUAUCAGGUCAAGCAGAAGAGCAGCAGUAGCGGAGGCGGAGGUGGUGGUGGAGGAGGAGGAGCGGGCGGUGGCGUCCCUACCAGCCAACCGGGGAGCGCCGGACCGACGCGGAGCACGCAAGGUCGCCAGCCGCCGUCCACGGUGCCGCGGAGGACCGAGGGGAAGGCGGGCCGAGGCCGACACCCACCGCCGCCUCCUCCUCCUCCGCCGUCGUCGUCCACGGCCGCUCUGUCGCCGCGGGAGACGGCGGGCGUGACGCCGCGCCCGGAGAGGAACUUCACCUUCUGGCUGAACCCGGUGCUGACGGCCGAGGCCGAGCCCAAACCCAGGGGGGGAGACGCGGGAGGAGGAGGAGGAGGAGGAGGAGAAGUGGCCGGAGGCGAGCAGCAGCUGCAGAGCACGGCGGCGUGCUACCUGCAGGAGCUGGUGGUGGUGUCGGUGCUGCUGGUGCUGUGCGUCAGCGUGCUGGUGACCUUCGGCCUCUACGGCGUGAGGCAGCGCUGCCGCAGCCGCACCGCCCCCCAGUCCUGCUCCCGCCGCGACGCCGAGAGAGCCACCGGGAACGGCAACAACGCCGCCGGCAACGGGGCCGCGUCCACGCCGCAGGAGCGCGAGUCUCUCAAGGGCUCGCCGCGGGACGCCAAGCGCAACGGCCAGGUGCAAAACGGCCAGGUGCAGAACGGCGGGAAGAGCCUGUGCAACGGCGUGACCAACGGUUCCAACGGGCACCUGCCCAACACGCCCAUAUGAGGGCACCUUUUGGGGCACACGGUACCUUGAUUAGUACCUCCCCGGCACGCCUAGCACACGAUGGAACCUCAUGUACGCAAUGUUGCACUGAGCCACAGAAAGACCAAGCCCCAACCCCCUACCCCCCCCCCCUCCUUUUAUGCACAUACGCACAGCCUGCUCUACACACACACACACUCUCUCACACACACACACACACACACACACACACACACACACACACACAUGUUUCCUACAAACAACCACCACCUGUGGUGGGAAAUAGAUGAAAAACUUUCUUUUGUAUUUCAGAGAAUAAACUUUCAGAGAAGUAGCGGACUGGACCUUUCAACCAAUCCAGAUUUUAAAAAGAAAAACAAAAAAAACGCUUCCUCUCUCUCUUUUCUAGUCUUGUCUUACCUCGCCGUUGAGAAAGAGAGAAAACUGGAAAUAACGAUUAUUUUCUUUUCCUUGCAUACCUGUGUACAUUCUGUGCGUGCGCGUACAUAUUUAAAUGUAAGUUAAGUGUUUGUCUAAAAGACUCGGGAGUUCAGAGAUGUAUGUGAAUGAAUGUAUAUGAAGGGCACUGGCGCUACACUGCCUUCCCCAAAUCAAUGUCUGUGUGUAGAGAGGUACACCGUUAACCAUUGACUUUGACCAAGAGUGAUAUCCAACUGUGUUUGUGCUUGAUGAGCAUACUUAUUGUAUUAAUUAUCCACAAUCAAAACGUAAGUCUGCUAUUCUUUACCAACACUUAGUUCGUAUCAAAACCGAAAUGAAGGAAUAUCUUCUGGAGAUUUUUUUCCCCCACACUUUUUCUUCACUGAGUGUUCUUGGAAAGUGUUCUAAGAUACAGUAUGUUGGUGCAAUUAAUCUGCACUUUGGAUCAGAACACGUUAAGGGUACCAUCAACAUGGCCAUGGAGAAGAUGUUGUAUUAAUACAGCAUUUCUGUCAGCUGGGACACAACUUCCUGUUAAAGCCAUGUCCUCCCAGACAUGAGUGAGGCUCUUCAGCAUGACCACUUUUUCUAGCUUUAUUUAUUUUGCAAAUAUUUUCAAAUAUGUUUCAUCUCUGCUGCCAAUGUAAAUCAUCUGCUAUUUCUUCAUGUUCACCAGUUCAGACAUUUUCUUAUCUGUUGCUCUCAAUGGCUUAUGGUUGAAGGUCAUUGUGAAAGAGACCGCAGUGGGAAUUGGUAUCCUACUGGCCUCUCUACUUGAAGAGGUGCCACCACUUUGGAAAUCAUGCUUCAGUCAUGUUGUCUGUCAUGCUGCUCAGAAAUUGGUACGAAUUUCUCAAGAUGUGGUUAGUGAUGUCAAAUUGGAGCGUUUGUUUAGUGUCUGUUGUUGUGUACUUUCACUCUGCUCACAUAUUUGUUGUCACAACGAGGCACAGACUGGAGUCAAAUCCACAAAUAUGAAUUUCACCUGGAAGAUGUGAGAUUGCCAAAGGAGUACAUUUCCUAAAUGUAUCGGUACAAAGACUUUAAACUAUUGCAACCACGUUAGACCUGCAUAAGAUCAUCUUUUUUUUUUUUUUUUCAGUGAGAAAUUGUUUGGAAGUGACUUCCAUCUGAACACAAGGUACAGAUCAAAAUCAACAGACCACUGUUAUUUCUAAAGAGUUAUUUUGUCUUUAUUUUUUUACAGUGUUUAUCUGAGUGUUAAAAUAAAAACGAAUGCUGUCCUUUCCAUUUUACAACCA